AUGGCAAACAGAGGGGAGGCUGUAGAUGUUGUUUACCUAGAUUUUGAGAAGGCCUUCGAUAAGGCGUCGCACGGCAGGCUGCUGGGGAAGAUGAGAGUCCAUGGUAUUAAAAGGAAGCCACUAGCGUUGAUAGCGGGUAGGAACAGCUUCCAGACAAUCGGCGAAGUUCUUGUCUGCUCUCAAACACCUGAAAUGAGGUUGAUAUUUAGGAUUGAUUCGUUGCUACCAACUGGGGAAGAUCUGGCCCGAGAUGGAAACAAGAGCAUUCAUGGGUUGCUGGGGACUGGAAUGACUCUGCUCAUCCUGCUGGCAUUGAGCUGCCAGCCCACCACACCCAUCCGACCGAAGAGAGAAGUAAACGUGGCACGUACUGGAUUGGCGUCACACUCCAGCACCAGUCACGAUAACAUUGCCAUCCUAGCUAUUGAUGGCAACAUGAAUACGAAAACAUCCUGUUCAUUAACACAGAAAAGCCUAAACCCAUGGUGGCUGCUUGACUUACGAGGAGAGUACUCAGUGAGAGAGGUCCGAAUCACCAACAGAAUGGAUUGCUGCUCUGAACGGAUUCUGGGAGCUGAGAUCUACAUCGGGAGCUCACCAUUGCUAAAUGGGAAUUCCACCAAUCUUAUUGAUGUGGAUAAUGAAUUAACUGGCAAACGGGAAGCAAAGAGUAGGCGUAAACGGACUAAGUAUGUUCAGCAUUCUAGAGGAUUCGUCCCUAAGCUCCGGAAAAAGAAAGGGAGCCACACAAACCAGAACAACAACCCAACGUGUCACAUCUUGAGGAAACACUCGUAUAGGCCACGUCCCUGGCUCCAGGCGUUUUAUGAGUGUGCUAUUACAGGUGAUCAUUGUCACCAUGUGACUCCCAUAUCUUUCAGCUGUGGAACCGUCCAGAAAGUAUCCGGCAAAAUCAGCGUCCGAUGCGAAGGAUUCGUGGGAAGAUAUUUGACUAUUACGAUCCCAGGAAAAAAUAAAAUACUGAGUGUCUGCGAGGUGGAAGUCUUUGCUUCAAUGGUCCCGGAAUUACAUGACAUAGGUAGGUGUAAACCGCGUGACAUCGCUGGGUGUGUGCAGCCUACGGGCCACAGUCCAUACGGAAUAAAUACAGAGGACCCAGCCUGUGUUCCAUAUGAUUGGAAAAUUGCAAAUAUUACUCCGUUGUACAAGAAGGUGGAGCCUGCACCUGCCACCGCAUCCAGCACUGACGACCUGGCAUUCAAUGUGAGCACAGAGGAUGUCAGGAGAGCACUCCGCAGUGUCAACCCCAGGAAGGCUGCUGGCCCAGAUGGCAUCCCAGGGAUAAUAUUUUACCCUGUGUAUCCUAUGUACACACCGAAGGAGAUGCAAUGCAAUUUCGUUGUACAGCUGGUGCGCAAUGACAAUAAACAGGCGACUGGUGAGACCGAUCCGGGCCCGGAAUGCGCGACAGCAUAUGGGACACAGCUGGGCGGGCGCCAGAUCAGAAGCAGAAGUGGCCCAAGCCCUGUGCGCGCCGUGUUUCCUCAGAUCAUCUCUGGUGCGCCCCUUUCCAGCUGCACGCGCUCCUGUGAUGAUCCUGCUUCGCCCAGUUGGCGAUACCUUGCACUCGACCUUACCGCCUUGGAUGGCCCUACCAGGAGCAUUGCUCCAGACGGCAUCGCUAUCAAGAUCUCAGGUCCAUACAAGCUUCUCCACCACGACAAGCUGACAAUCAACGUACCUCCAACAGUAAACCUGGCCUUGAGUGGCUGGGCGACACAGUCAAGCACCAGGAAGUCCGCCGAAGCUUAUCUCGCCAUUCACGGCCGGGCGAGUACAUUAAGGAAGUUGAAAUCAUGUACUGAAACAAACCCGACCAACGAUCCCUGGUGGAUGAUCGAUCUGCAUGGAAUCUACCAGGUGUCCGUUGUUCGAAUCACCAACCGAAGAGACUGCUGCUCUGAACAGCUCCAGGGAGCUGAGAUCCGCAUCGGGAACUCGUCCAAGGACGGUGGGAUGUCCAACGAACUACGGGCGGUGGCCCCGUGUACUCAGCGCCCCAGCGCCACCUUUCAGCAGCUAACUGAGUCCCAGUCACCAGUCACUUACGGUGUUAUGCCCGUUUCUUUCAGCUGUGGGACAAUCCAGGUAAUGUCUGCUCAGCGAUUCACCUUCGUCUGUGAGGAUUUCACGGGUCGAUUUGUCAGUGUCAUUAUCCCGGGCAAGAAUAAAACACUGACACUGUGUGAGGUGGAGGUCUAUGGUGAGAAACUGGCUUCGCUGAACAGUGAAGGUAUGUUCCUGUACACAUCCCACGCAUUCAGUCAAGGCCACUCUGUAGGGUCUGUCUUUGGAGUACUGUGUUCAUUGUUGUUCACCUACUAUAGGAAAGAUUACUUGAAACAAACAAACUCCAGAGAAGACUAUCCCUCCUCCCCAACAGUGAACGUGGCUUUGCGGGGCACUGCCUAUCAGUCCAGCACCCAUCGUUAUGGUUUCGCCUCCAAAGCCAUUGAUGGUGAUAUCAAGACAGACGGGAGCUCGGGUAUGUGUUCGCAAACAAAAUCAACCAACGAUCCUGGGUGGAGUGUCGAUUUGGAGAUAUCCAACGUCGUGACCACAGUAAUCAUCAUAAACAGGGAGGACUGCUGCAGGGAACAGCUUCUUGGAGCUCAGGUCUACAUCGGGGAUUCACUGAUACUCAAUGGGAACGUUAACUAUAACAGACAGGGGCCAUUUGAUAGUGGUAACAAUGUCCUGCAGAGUCUGAACAAGGGUUCCAAUGCAAAUCGACCGCAAUCCAUUCCUUCCACAUAUUCUGUCUUCUGGUCAAACAAAUGUUCCUACCCGCCAAGUUUACGUGUUUCCCAGCGCCUGAUGCCUGUAGUGCCCGCGUCUCCAGAACCACCUUCAGAAGAGGGAGCAUCGUCAGCACCCUCUGCUCACUGUGACUAUUUCUCCUUUUCCAGCUGUGGGACUGUAAUUUCCGUUGUCAACCCCAUUAUCUUUCACUGCGAUGGAUUCACGGGUCGUUACGUCAAUAUCUUCAUCCCGGGAAACAAUAAGAUAUUGACGCUGUGUGAGGUUCAGGUCUUUGGUACAAAGCUGCCGUCACUGGAAAUGGCAGGUAGGUUCCAUCACCGUGCAGUCACCCGCCGUAUCACAGUGUUGUCUGGUUAGUGAGGCUGCAUCUGGACUUUAGUCUUCAGUUUGGGGCACUCUGUUUCAAGAAUUAUAUAAUUAUCCUCGGAAGAGUGCAUUUAAUAUUUACGAUUGAUCUUAUUGGGGUGGAGAAACGAACGGAAUAGUUAGCGUGUUGUUCCCAGAGUAGGGGAAUCAAGUUAUAGAAGACAUGUGUUUAAGGUGAGAGGAGAAAGAUUAAAUUGGAACCUGAAUGGCUAAAUUUUCACACAAGGUGCUGUGGGUAUAUGGAUCGAGCUGCCCGAGGAGGUAAUCGAGGCAGAUAUGAUAAUAGCAUUUAAAAAAAGAUCCUAUCUCAUAGAUUGAGUUUAAUGAUUAACAAAUUGAUACACCCCGGCCAAACAGGUUUUAUCCCAACACGUUACUCAUUUUAUAUUUUGAGACAACUAUUCAAUAUUAUAUACUCAAAUUGGCGUACUGCGCAUGUUGUUCCAUUGUUUAAAAAGGGGUCCAAGAUUAAACCUAGCAAUUAUAGACCUGUUAGUUUGACGUCAGUGGUGGGCAAAUUAAUGGAAAGGAUACUUAGAGAUAAUAUAUAUAAGCAUCUGGAUAAACAGGGUCUGAUUAGGAACAGUCAACAUGGAUUUGUGCCUGGAAGGUCAUGUUUUACUAAUCUCCUUGAAUUUUUUUAAGAGGUUACUCGGGAAAUUGAUGAGGGUAAAGCAGUGGAUGUUGUAUAUAUGGACUUCAGUAAGGCCUUUGACAAGGUUCCUCAUGAAAGGUUGGUUAAGAAGGUUCAAUGGUUGGGUAUUAAUGGUGGAGUAGCAAGAUGGAUUCAACAGUGGCUGAAUGGGAGAUGCCAGAGAAUAAUGGUGGAUGGUUGUUUGUCUGGUUGGAGGCAAGUGACUAUUGGGGUGCCACGGGGAUCUGUGUUGGGCCCACUGUUGUUUGUCAUGUACAUCAAUGAUCUGGAUGAUGGUGUGGUAAAUUGGAUUAGUAAGUAUGCAGAUGAUACUAAGAUAGGAGGGGUUGUGGAUAAUGAAGUAGAUUUUCAAAGUCUACAGAGAGAUGUAUGCCAGUUGGAAGAGUGGACUGAAAGAUGGUAGAUGGAGUUUAAUGCUGAUAAGUGUGAGGUGCUACAUCUUGGCAGGACAAAUCAAAAUAGGACGUACAUGGUAAAUGGUAGGGAAUUGAAGAAUGCAGGUGAACAGAGGGAUCUGGGAAUAACUGUGCACAGUUCCCUGAAAGUGGAAUAUCAUGUAGAUAGGGUGGUAAACAAAGCUUUUGGUGUGCUGGCCUUUAUAAAUCAGAGCAUUGAGUAUAGAAGUUGGGAUGUAAUGCUAAAAUUGUACAAGGCAUUGGUGAGGCCAAUUCUGGAGUAUGGGGUACAAUUUUGGUCGCCUAAUUAUAGGAAGGAUGUCAACAAAAUAAGGAGCGUACAGAAGAGAUUUACUCGAAUGUUGCCUGGGUUUCAGCAACUAAGUUACGGAGAAAGGUUGAACAAGUUAGGGCUUUAUUCUUUGGAGCGCAGAAGGUUAAGGGGGGAUUUGAUAGAAGUCUUUAUAAUGAUGAGAGGGAUAGACAGAGUUGACGUGGAUAAGCUUUUCCCACUGAGAGGAGGGAAGAUGCAAACAAGUGGACAUGACUUGAGAAUUAAGGGACAGAAGUUUAGGGAUAACAUGAGGGGGGACUUCUUUACUCAGAGAGUGGUGGUUGUGUGGAAUGAGAUUCCAGUGAAGGUGGUGGAGGCAGGUUCGUUUUUUAUCAUUUAAAAAUAAAUUGGAUAGUUAUAUGGACGAGAAAGUAAUCGAGGGUUAUGGUCUGAGCGUAGGUAUAUGGGACUGGGGGAGAAUACGUGUUCGGCACGGACUAGAAGGGUCGAGAUGGCCUGUUUCCGUGCUGUAAUUGUUAUAUAGUUGUUAUAUGGUUAUAAAUAGAAUUACUAAUGCAGACCUAUCAAUCAUUUCGUUAUAUGCUGAAAAAGCAUUUGAUCAGGUAGAAUGGCCAUAUUUAUUUUCAGUGAUUUAAAAUUUUCAAUUGGGAGAGAAGUACUGCACAUGGGUUAAACUUUUAUAUUCUAACCCAACAGCUAGAAUAUUAACAAACCAAAUGUUAUCAACUAAAUUUAAUCUUUCUAGAGGUUGUAGUCCAGGAUACCGCUAUCUCCGUUAUUAUUCGCCCUUGCAAUUGAAACAUUAGCAGAAAGUGUUAGAGCCCAUCCAGAAAUACACGGGUAUAACACUAAAGACACAAUGAACAAAAUCGCUUUAUAAGCAGAUGAUGUAUUAAUAUAUAUUACAAAGCCAGACAAUAGUAUUCGAAACCUAUUACAUCUAAUAACUCAAUUUGAACAGUUUUCGGGUUAUAGAAUUAAUUGGAAUAAAAGCGAAAGCAUGCCAAUAACGGAACUCAAUUUACACACGCUACAACAAUUCCCUUUUAAAAUAGUUAAGGAAAAUUUUAAAUAUUUAGGAAUUUAUGUAACUAAAGCAUAUACUUAUUUAUUUAAAUUAAAUUUCCCACCUUUACUGAAUAAACUUCAUAAGAAUAUUCAGUAUUGGAAAACACUUCCCAUUUCAAUGUUUGGUAGAAUCAAUGCUAUAAAAACGGCAUUUUUACCGCAAUUACUGUACCUAUUCCAAUCAAGUCCAAUAUAUCUCCCAAAUGUUAUUUAAAGUUGAUUCCAUUGUUACAAGCUUCAUGGGGGAUUAUAAGAAUCAUAGAAUAAGCAAACAACAUUUAUGUAAAUCAAAGACAAAUGGAGAUUUAGGCUUACCAAAUGUUUUGUUUUAUUUUUGGGCAGUCCAUAUUAACAACAUGAAUUUCUGGCUGGAAAUAAUGGAUCAGCAAACAGAUUGGUUAAGGAUUGAAAAAUAAGACUCUUUGGCUUUUGAAAUUGGUUCGAUUAUGUUUGCUACCACAAAACUGCACAAAAAAACCUAUAGGGAAACCCCUAUAAUCCAUAGUGGUAUGCGUAUCAGGGAAUCAUUAUAUAAGGCUUAAAAUUGGAUAAUAUA